CUCGUAAGCGAACCUUUUUUUUUUCUUCUACUCUCAUAGUGCCUUUUUAUCUAUGUGUGUGCGCGUUUUUGUAAAAGUAUGAUAGCCGGCCAAGCGACAAGACGCCGAUAAAGCCUUUGAAGUGCCUGAUGGCCUCAGCUUGCUCUUAAAAAUUUUCUCCUUGGAGGCCGUACCAUGAGUUUCCGGAAGCGGCCCCGCCCGGGCAGCGUCUCUUAAGCCUUGCCGGGGCAGCAAUGUCUGCCAAGGCCCCAUACUACUACAGUGAGCUGGGGCCCGACAAGAGCCCCGUGGGGGCGCCGCCACCUCCUGAUGAGCCGCCUGCAGGGCUCAAUGGCGGCACCCCGCCUCCGGGCUCUUCGGCUUCCGAGUCUGCAGCCGCAGACACAUCACCCGUCGGUGACCAGGGUGGCGGCUUCUUCAAUCCGCUGCUCUCGAUUGAGCCCGACGUUUCGGUGCCGGACACAUCACCAAAGCGUGGCACUGGUGGUGGCAAUAACAACAACAAAAAGAAGAAGAAAGCCAAGAAAAAGGGUGGGUCUCCCAGCAAGUCCAAUGGCAUCUAUGGCACGACCACAGCGUACGCUCGCCAGCUGCUUUUUGGCUCAAGCAAAUCCAACAACGGGGCUGACAAGAAAAACCGCCGGGGCUCUGAGCCCAACAUCUACGAGGAGAUAACGGAUGCCGAGGAACAGUACAGCGCUGCGCGGAGUGAACAGUGUCUGAGGGCGGGCGGGGCUCCAACAAUUCCACGGCGACCCCGCCCGCCGCCUUAUGAUGGUGCGCCGCCGCAUGUGCGCGAGGAGGUGACGCGGGUGCACCGCACGCAUGCGCACAUCCUUGAGAACCUCAACCUCGAUGUGGAGACAAUGUUGAUGCCGGAUGCUGUGCCGCUGAGUGAAGUGAGGGGUGGGGGGGACCAGCAACAGCGGGGCAGCAGUGGGGACUAUGGAACGUUGGGGACCAAGCUGGGGAGACCGAUCGGAGACCCCCACCAUCACCAUCCACACACGACGUGGAGACGUGUGAUGAAUGAGUACGUGGAGCAUCGAUCGGCACCUGGGGAGCUGCAGGGCGGCACGCUGCCGGCGAGGGCAUCCAAGCUGCACCGCAUCCCUUACGCUAGUCACAAAACAUUCCAGCAGCCUUGCCAGUCGGCACCGCCUCCUCCUCUUCCCACUGGGUCAGCGUCCGCCAGCCCUUACGGGCGCGCGGUGCUGCCCAGCGGCAGCGAAGCGGGCACUGCACCCCUACCUGAGCCUCUGUACAUGCUCUACGACGACACGCACAAGCGGAGAACCACACCGCUGCUUGCUGCUGCAGAUGCAGGGAUGCGUCCCGAGGACAACAUCUACGAGGAGGUGGACAUCUACCGACGAGACACCAUCACCUGCGAGGACGGCUACAGCGCAGCCGGCUCUGAGCUGGGCCUGGACCACUCGGAGAGCUCGGAGGAAGGCGACAUCGCAGGCCGAGUGCGCCGAGGCUCGCGCUUGGGCAGCGGCAGCAGCAAGCCGGGCAAAAAACGCAAGGAUUCCGACCUGACCAGCAGCUUCACACGCUUCUUCUCCACCCGGCGGAAAGAUUUCGAUUCUGACAAGUUGGGGAGCCGCAUGGGAAGCCGCCAGUUGUCAGAGGAUGAAGGCUAUGGUGAUGUGAAAGCGCCCAAAAAGCAGAGACCCCCGUUGACUCUGCCAGCUGUGCCUCCUGGCCUCACACCUGAACAGAUCAAGAGGCGACUCAUUGUAAAUAACAUAGUUGAAAGUGAAAACUCAUACGUCGGAUCUCUUCAGAGGCUUAUCUUCGAUUUCAAGCGCCCGCUGAUGGCCAGCCAGCCUCCACUUGUGAGCCAGCGCAAGGUGGACACCAUGUUCUUCCGUCUGGAGGAGAUCCUGCAGUGCCACACGCUCUUCGGCAUCGCCCUCACCCAGUGCGUCUGCGAAUGGGACAAGGAAGAGCGCAUAGGCGAAGUCUUUCUUGCCUCGUUCUCGAAGCCAAUUGUACUCGACAUAUACAGCGACUUCAUCAACAACUUUAGCACAGCCAUGGAGACAGCGAAGCAAGCAGCUAAGAGCAAGUCUGCCUUUGCAGAAUUUCUCAAGAUGAAGCAGAUCUACAGUCCUGACCGGCUGUCAUUCUUUGGCCUCAUGGUGAAGCCCGUGCAGCGGUUUCCGCAGUUCAUCCUGCUCCUUCAGGACCUGCUGAAGCAGACGCCCAAGGGCCAUGAUGACCGGAUGUACCUGCAGCUGGCCCUGACGCAGCUGGAGCAGCUGGCUGAGGCACUCAACGAGCGCAAGCGCACGGCCGAGCAGCACCAUGCCGUCCUGCAGGUGCUCGGGUCGCUGGGUUCCAAGUUCUCACUCAAGGCAUUGGCAGCAGCUUCUUCAACAGUGGACAGCACAGACCACUUCCUUUUGCGGCAAGAUGACGUACUCCAGCUGGAAGUUGACCAGAGCGGGCUUGUUGUCAAGUCGAAACCGCGGCGUAUUUUCCUGCUGAACGACCUUCUUGUCUGCGUCACAGUGACCUCAAGGCCAUCGGAAGGGGGCCAGGGUGGCAGGGAGCGGCUGAGUCUCAAGUGGGCAGUGCCCCUGCAGGACGUAGACGUGCAGGAGGACAUUGCCCCGGCCACUCGCAACCUCCUCGCCUCCUCCGGACGAGCACGAAACUCAGCGGGACGCCUGGUACCCCUGGGACACCCCGAAGGUGCAGGUUCCAUGCAAGUGCUGUACGAUGAGCUCACUGACCUUGUCCAUGACCUGGAAGUUGUGAGCCGGAUUGCUGUGCUAGUCAAAUCACUCAGGAGGCCCUACACGGAGAUCUCGGUGGAGAGCGUGCAAAGCAUGGCACGCAGCAUCCAGGACUCUGUGCGCCAGAAGGAUGAGGAGAUAACCCUGCUCGACAGCUGCUGCCUGCAACUGGCACUCCCACAGAAGUCAAAGUCUCAGAAAGUACAAGUUAGUUUCCAGCUGUCAAGCCCUGCUGUUAAAAGAGACUGGACUACUGACCUGCGCCUCGCAAAGCUGGCUUUGGACCCCAACAACAUGCCAGCUUGGGAUGUGCCAGAGCAGGACAAGCGGCCGUCCAGCAAGCUACCUCUUCUCGUUCGAUUGACGCCCCUGUACCCUGCCUCAACGCCCACAGAGGUCAAGUGUGGCUGUUUCUACAGUGUGGCACCCACAACGCCGGGCGGCCUUCGGGGCCAGUACCUGUGGCUAUGCAGCACUGAUGGCGUUAACAGCCACCUGGUGAUCCUGUCGCUGCAGCAGAUCGCCCUGCGCUCAGUGGGUGCCUUCGACCUGCCCGAGUCUCGCAUUGCUGCCAUGGAGGCCGUACCACCUGCCCCGGACCCAGAUGUCAGCCCGCCUCAGCCUCCGCCUCCGGGGGCUGCCGAGACUGUAUGGAUCACCACCGAGACAAAGAGGUUGAUUCUGCUGCUGGCUUCAUCUCCGGACAAGUGGACCGAAGUGGGCAGCACAACAGUGGUGGCACCUGUGACCCAGAUACUUUACCACUGCGAACGUGUGUACGUGGCCCUGAGCAACGGCUCUCUCAAUAUCUACCAGAGGGACUCAGCAACUGGUGCUUGGGAUCUGGAAUCCCCUGGUGUUCUCGUCCUGGGCACGGAGCCCAUAACAUCCCUACUUCCCCUGGGAACUCUGCUGUACUGUGCCUGUGCAGACAAGAUCUACGUGCUUGAUGCAUUUACGUCGGACAUACAGAGGACGCAUACUUUGAACCAAGAGGAAGGUGGCCAGGCCUACCUCAUGGCUCAUUCGGGCACGGGACUUUGGAUUGCACUGAAGAACUCAUCUCGCAUCAGCCUCUACCACACAGAAACGUUCCAGCACCUACAGGAUGUUGACGUUGCUGAGGGUGUCAAUCGCUUCCUUUCAGCCAAGCAAGGCAGUGUGCGGCCAGCUGUGACAGUGACCUCCCUGGUGGCUGGCCCGGGCCUGCUGUGGGUGGGCACGAGUGCCGGGGUGGUGCUAACACUGCCGCUGCCUCGCCUCGAGGGCGUGCCCAUCCUGGGAGGCCGCACCUACCUGGCGCACCAUGGACACCGAGGACCAGUCACCUUCCUGCUGUGCCUACAGCCAGCGGGUGCACCCGUCUCGUCGUGGAUCUGGCAGGGCCCAGCAACACAGGACUUCGGUUGCCCCAGAAGAGGCGGGUGCGGAGCAGCUUGCGGAAGAAGGCGAAGAGGAAGAAGAAGAACUGGCGAAAGCAGCGAAAGAUGUGGAAGGAGGCGAUGCCGCGACAGAGGAGGCAGAGCUGGACGCAGCCAGCACGAGCGGUGUUCAGAAGCAGAAGUCAGACUCUGUCUUGCCCUCGACACCUGCCAGCCACAAGCUGGGAACAAGGGCGCUUCGCCGGACGGCCACUGAGAACAUACACAUGUCUGGCGCCAAGACACUUCCCCGUGGCCUCUCCCUGUGCGCCCGGGCCAACGCUGCAAGCGGACUGACCCUGAGCAGUGCCGGAGGCGUGAGCACCGACAGCGGCAACGACAGUGGCAGCAGCCCCGAGGCG